AUGCUAACCAGUCAAUAUAUUGUUCAUAUCAUACUGCUAACCAGUCAAUAUGUUGUUCAUACCAUACUGCUAAUUAGUCAAUAUACUAUUCAUACCAUACUGCUAACCGGUCAAUAUGCUGUUCAUACCAUACUGCUAAUCAGUCAAUAUGCUGUUCAUACCAUACUGCUAAUCAGUCAAUAUGCUGUUCAUACCAUACUGCUUACCAGUCAACAUGUUGUUCAUAUCAUACUGCUAACCAGUCAAUAUGUUGUUCAUACCAUACUGCUAAUUAGUCAAUAUACUAUUCAUACCAUACUGCUAACCGGUCAAUAUGCUGUUCAUACCAUACUGCUAAUCAGUCAAUAUGCUGUUUAUACCAUACUGCUAAUCAGUCAAUAUGCUGUUCAUACCAUACUGCUUACCAGUCAACAUGUUGUUCAUAUCAUACUGCUUACCAGUCAAUAUGUUAUUCAUACUAUACUGCUAACCAGUCAAUAUGUUAUUCAUACCAUAAUGCUAACCAGUCAAUAUGUUGUUCAUAUCAUACUGCAAACCAGUCAAUAUGUUGUUCAUAUCAUAGUGCUAACCAGUCAAUAUGUUGUUCAUAUCAUACUGCUAACCAGUCAAUAUAUUGUUCAUAUCAUACUGCUAACCAGUCAAUAUAUUGUUCAUAUCAUACUGCUAACCAGUCAAUGUGUCCUUUUUGUCCAGGAAGUCAACUUUAUAUCUCACUAUCAUCAAUGUAUCUUUCUAUUGUAG